AUGCGGCCACCGCUAUUCGGCCACCGCUAUCCGGCCACCGCUAUCCGGCCACCGCUAUCCGGCCACCGCUAUCCGGCCACCGCUAUCCGGCCACCGCUAUCCGGCCACCGCUAUCCGGCCACCGCUAUCCGGCCACCGCUAUCCGGCCACCGCUAUCCGGCCACCGCUAUCCGGCCACCGCUAUCCGGCCACCGCUAUCCGGCCACCGCUAUCCGGCCACCGCUAUCCGGCCACCGCUAUCCGGCCACCGCUAUCCGGCCACCGCUAUCCGGCCACCACUAUCCGGCCACCGCUAUCCGGCCACCACUAUCCGGCCACCGCUAUCCGGCCACCGCUAUCCGGCCGUCACUAUCUGACCGUCACCAUCUGACCGGUCCUACACGGCUGUUGCUAUUUGACUAUGGCCAUCCAGCAACGCCAUCAGGCCAUUACCAUCUAGUAAUCGUCAAGCCCACCAGUUUCGUGCGUGAAAUAAAUCAAUUUAAGGUAAAUCCUACAACGCUAUUCUGUUAG